CUAAUGAAAAAAAAUCAAGAUUAAUGUUAUUUAUUACUGUUAAAUAGUAAAAUGUAUUUUUAAAAAUGAUUUCAUAAUCUAAUCACUUCGUUUUCGGGACUUCCUUCAUUACUUUAACGUCGGCCGCAGAUUCUCUUGACAUACCUCUUUCAGUUCCACUCCAACAUCAAAGCACAUGGCAAACAAGCACACCAUUGUUUUGAUGCAAACUUCGCAGAACAGAGCAACGAGAACAUUUAUGGAUUAUGAUUCCAUAAGUCAAGCUAUGGAUGGUAUAUGUGGACUAUAUGAAAGGAAACUCAAGGAAAUAAAUCCAGCAACACGAAACAUCACGUAUGACAUUGCUGAUCUUUACAAUUUUAUUGAUGGCCUUGCAGAUAUGAGCGCCCUUGUCUAUGAUCACACUAUUCAAGCUUUUUUGCCUUAUGACAGGCAAUGGAUUAAACAGAAAGUAUUUCAGCACCUUAAGAAGUUGGCACAUUAAAUCUUCUUCACUGAAAUUGAAUUUAAUAGAACGAGAAAUGUGUACCAAGUGCAGAAACCCUCAUCUGAUUAUUAUGCUCUUGUUUCCCUCACUAUACGCAUAUUUUUGAGAACCAUUGCAGCGUUGUCCAGAGUUUCGGAUGAAUAGCAAAGGUGUUGUGUGGCAAAUGUUGUACUCUAAGCAAAAAUAUUACUUUUGUCUAGGAAGCUUGACCCUGUAUAAUCAUAUAACAUUUGGUCGCUUGGUUGAUAUGUGAUGGCCUAAGUGAACUCGCCGGUAUCACAUCUAACCGAGUAUUUGGAUGAUUUUUAGGGUUUGUUUAUGGAACUGCAAUUUCUGGUAUGGCAAUUCUAAUUAUAAUUGUUUUA